AACAAGACAAAACAAAACAAAACAAACAUGACAUAUUUGAAAGCCAUUGCUGGCUUUGAAUAUUGAGUCGACUGUUUGCCAUUCGACUGUGCAAUCACAUUCCGAGCAUAUCGAACAGAAAGCGAACAUGUCGCACAGCCGUGUGCCGGGGAAGGUGAGGAAGGUAACGGUGCCGGCACUGGUAAAAAAAUCGAGCAAGAGCCGCUCCUUCUACUUUCGGUAUUUGGAGUUGUGUAGAGCGAAAAACCUCACACCUGUUCCAGAGAUCCGAAAGAAUUCCGACGAGAUCACCGCUCUGGAGCUCUGCGCCGACAAGCUGAACGUGAGCGACUGGCUGCAGAUUACGGAGGCGCUGCACAGUGACCAGUGCCUGAAGAGCCUGUUGGUGCGCAUGCGGCGCUCCUACGAGCACAAUACAAUCGAUCCCAUCGACACGGAGAAUCGGGCCCGACUCUUCACACAGCGUCCGGUGCUAUACACGCGCUUUAUUUUCCGCGGCCUCGUCCAGUCCAUCGCCAACUGUGUGGCCAGCAACAAGAAUCUGACAGUGCUGCAGCUGGAGGGUGUGCCCCUUUAUGACGGCUACAUUGACUGCAUUGCCAAGUCGCUGGAGGCCAACACUGGCCUGGAGACCUUGAGCUUCCGCAGGUCCCUCAUUGGGGACAAGGGGUGCGAGCUGGUGUGCAACUCGGCCAAGUACCUCAACCGAAUCGCACUAUUCGAUCUCUCCGAGUGUCGCAUCAGCGCAAAGGGAGCCGUUCACGUGGCCGAAAUGAUCAAGAUCAAAAAGGCAGCCCCAUGCACAGAGGGAUGGAAGCAGUCCAUCUUGGGCUUGGGCACGCUCCUUCUCGCCAACAAUCCUGACAUUGGAGACCCGGGACUCCAAUGCAUCGCCGAGGCGCUGAAGGAGGAUGCCUGGAUAAAGGUCGUCGACAUGCAGGGCUGUGGCCUGACUGACAUUGCAGCCAAUGUCGUACUCGACUGCCUGGCCCUGAACCGUGCCAUAAAGGAGUUCAAUGUGCGAGGCAACGAGGGGAUCAGCCAGCUAUUGCAACGCAACAUUCGCGACCACCUGGGCAGCCCAGACGUCGAGGAGAAACAGGAGCCGGAGUACGAUCUCAGCUGCAUUGACGGGCUGCAGAGUCUGCCCAAGGGCCAGAAGUUCACUAUUAGCCAGCUGCGCUCGAACACCAAGCAGCUCGAGCAGCGGCUGUCCUGCGAGCGGACACUACGCCUCAGGGCCGAAGAGAUGAACAUUAAGCUCACCAAUCAACUAAAGAGCAUCGACAGCCACAAGGCCACUGACAAGGAAGGGCAGGCCUCAAGCCAAACGGCAGAGGAACAACCGAACUCAAGCCAAAUGAAAGAGGAACAGACGAAAGAGGAAAACGAUAGCCAAUCCGUCGUGGAGUCAAUCAAGGGCACGGAAGUCUCCCACUCCCACACGCACACGCACAUUCCUAAUGAACAUCCGGAAACGAACGAAGAAGAUCACAAAGACGGGCAAGUCACCAGCCCGGAAAUGACUCCGCGCAGCGAUUUAUCGUCCCCGCGCAGCGGUCCAUCGAGCGACCGUUCGACGCUGUGCGAUGACGAGGACUCUGAGGAGCAGUACGGCCAAUCCGAGGUGGAGCCAACGGGGCUCAGCCGUUUCUGGGAGCAGCAGAAGGCGUCACGGUUGCAGGUCCAAAAGGUGCGCAGCGAGAAGAAAAACGCAGAGCGCAAUGUGAGGGGGGAAUCCAACAAGAUUCACGAGUCCAAUUCGAAUCCCGAAUUCGCCAAGACGUACAGCUACAAGUUCAUUCGCGUGGUGAAAGUCGAGAAGGACAUCCCCAAGCCGAGUGUUAAGGGAUGCGCGAAUCCGCAAGGACUCGGUCGUAACGAAUUAUGCGGAGACGGCAAGCAGGACCUUGGGGGCGGUCCUAAGCAAGGGCGUGGUCGUAAUAAGGAAUGAUGAUGG